AUGUGCGCUACAGUAAGUUCGUGCGCAUGUGCCACUCCCUUUCUCAAGCAAGUUGAAUGGCAUAUCAAUGCUGUCACACUCCUCCUCAAACCCCCCCCCCUCCCCUCUUUCUCUCUUUGCUCCGCUCCCAUCCCGUCCCUUCCUCCCCCUCCUCUUCCCCCUUUUUCCCCCUUUCUCUCCCCCCCCUCCCCUCGUUCUCCCCCCUUCCUCCCCCUUACCCUUUUCAGGUUCUGCAAGAUCCGGCAGGCGGGCAGUGGCAAGGAGAUGAAGUCGAGUGUUCUGCAAGAUCCGGCAGGCGGGCAGUGGAAGGAGAUGAAGUCGAGUGCGGGCAGCGGCAAGGAGAUGAAGGCGAAAGGGCCCAAGGAGAAGAAUGCUUGUACUCACUACAGAGGACCUCGCUGCUGCAUUGAAAGAGCACAGGAGGGUGGUGUGACAGAGGAGAGAAGAGAAGGAGGAGAGGGAGUAGAUGCUGAGAAAGGGGGGGAGACAGUGGAGAAGCAACAGCAGGAGGAGAGGGAGAAGGGUGUUGAAAAUGAGGCUGAUAUCGACGAAAAUAAUGGCAGUAGGGAGGAGUAUUACCUCCUUUCUCCUGUUGAGGAGGACGGAGAUGCAGACGAGGUGUUGACGGUUGACGAUGCCUUUGAUUCCAUAGGUUUCGGCCCUUAUCAGCUCUUCCUCGUGUGCUAUACUGGCCUUGCAUGGCUCGCUGAUGCCAUGGAGAUGAUUCUGCUCUCCUUCGUGGGACCAGCGGCGCGGUGUGAGUUUGGACUUUCAGCAGCAGAGGAGAGCCUCAUAGCGAGUGUGGUGUUCCUGGGUGUAUUUUUAGGCUCCUAUGUCUGGGGCCUCGUGGCAGAUGCCUACGGAAGGAGGAGGGGGUUCAUGGCCACUGCUCUCUUCACUCUCUUCGCUGGCUUGCUCAGUGCGUGGUCACCCACCUUCCUCGCCCUCCUCAUCUCUCACUGCCUUGUGGGGUUUGGCAUCGGAGGGGCUUCUGUGCUACUCUCUCACUCAGUAUUCUCCUCUCCUCUUCCCUCUUCCCUCCACCACACAGUGCGUGGUCGCCCACCGUCCUCACUCUCCUCAUCUCUCGCUGCCUUGUGGGGUUUGGCAUCGGGGGGGGGGGUGGUUGCCGAACAUCCCCUCACCAUCCCUCCCUUCCUUCCCCCACACCACACCACACAGUGCAUGGUCCCCAACCUUCCUCACUCUCCUCGUCUCGCGCUGCCUCGUGGGGUUUGGCAUCGGGGGGGCAUCCGUGGUCUUUUCCCUCUGCUCCGAAUUCCUUCCCUCCCACUGUCGGGGUUUCUGGCUCGUGUUUAUCGAGUUCUUCUGGACGGUAAGUGA